AUCAGUGACAUACUGCUUAAGGAAUUAGAUAUAAAUUUUACAUAAAAGAGCUUGGAACUAUGACAAGAUGAUUGAGCAAAGGGCGUGUCUAUAUCUUGGUCUGGGGGUCCUGGCGGGCGUACUUCUAACCCUUGGAUUCAAAGAUGUGUAUCCCGAUUUAGAACGACGAUACAAACAGCGAAGACGGCGACUGUCAAUUCUAAGAAGCAGAAAUAGCAUACCUUGGAUAUCUCAAACAGUCAAGCUCGAGGAUCAUACCGAAGAUGAAAUCACCAUGCAACCUCAAAUGGCCAUACCAGUCGGGAUAGAAGGAUGCAUUGGAAACACACCAUUAUUUAAGAUCAAGUCCCUUUCUGACGAAACGGGAUGCGAAAUAUUAGCCAAAGCCGAAUUUCUAAAUGGCGCUGGUAAUAGUCCCAAGGAUCGAGUUGCACUGUCCAUCAUCAAAUAUGCCGAAGAGGAAGGACUCUUGACACCUCAUUCCGGGGACAUGAUCUAUGAAGGAACUGUUGGUUCCACCGGAAUCUCACUCGCUGCCAUAUGUCGAGCACGUGGCUAUCUAGCACACAUUUGCAUGCCUGACGACCAAGCCCAGGAAAAAUCGGAUCUACUACUCAAGCUUGGCGCCGAAGUCGAGCGUGUCCGGCCAGCACCUAUCGUAGAUCAAGGACAAUUCGUCAACGUUGCAAAGCGUAGGGCGAAGGAGCAUUCUGAUGAUCCAAAUAAAAAAGGUCGAGGUGUCUUUGCGGAUCAGUUCGAGAAUGAAGCAAAUUGGCGCGCACACUUUGAGGGAACAGGGCCCGAGAUAUAUGCGCAAUGUGGUGGUAAAAUUGAUGCAUUUGUGACUGGUGCAGGAACUGGUGGAACCAUAUCUGGGGUGGCCUUGUAUUUAAAGCCCAAACUGCCCAGGUUGAAAGUGUGUCUUGCCGACCCGCAGGGCAGCGGUUUGUACAAUAGGGUCAAAUACGGUGUCAUGUUCGAUGUGAGAGAGCGGGAAGGUACAAGACGCAGGCAUCAAGUGGACACUAUUGUAGAGGGCAUUGGCAUCAAUCGCGUGACGGCUAAUUUUGAAGCAGGACGAGAACUCAUCGACGACGCAAUCAGAGUCACAGAUGAUCAGGCAAUGGCAAUGGCGCGUUGGCUAGUUGAAAAAGAUGGAAUAUUUGUAGGGAGCUCGAGCGCUGUUAAUUGCGUUGCCGCGACAAAGUAUGCUUUACAAAUAGGCAAAGGCCACAGGAUAGUUACCAUACUUUGCGAUUCAGGAACCCGUCACCUCAGCAAAUUUUGGGCAAAAACCGGGGUUGUUGGAGGCUGUACAGAUACGUCCCUUGCGGAGGUUCUCAAUGCCGGCCAAUGAUUGUCUAUCACUUUGCAUCGACAUGUACUUUUUCUAUCCCUAUAUCUCGUCUUUUCUGAACCAUCGCCUCGUUAUCGAUUACUUCGCCGUUUCCCAUGAUUGACCACUCCCCCUUGUUGAGAGCAAUCAUAGCAGGAUUUCGAUUACACACUGGUGCCUUUUCAACUUUUGACAUUGUCUCCGUCAUUAAAUUCAAGCACUUCAGAUGCAAAUGGCUCUGGCAUUU